AUGGAUAUCACUGCCGGCAUCGCUUACAUGGUCGGCCCAGUUGUUUCUGGAGCUUUCAUCAAACACAACGUGGGCAGAGUGAAUGACGGUUGGCGAGCGAACUACUACCUGGGGGCAGGAUUUUACUUCAUCAGCUUUUUGGCCCUCCUUGUCUUUUAUCAUCCUGCUGCACGACCAACUCCGGAUGGCUUGUCAUUAUGGGCUCGUUUUGUUCGCAUUGACUGGCUCGGAAUCCUCCUCUUUACGUCCGACGCCAUCAUGAGCGGGGUUUACAAACUCCCUUUCAACGGACUCACCAUCAGAAAGGUGCAAUCAUCGGGGGAAUCUGGAUGGCAAUAA